AAUAGUACUUUAUCCUGUUCGUUUGCUGUACGUUCCAUUCCGCUACUCUACUACAACCCAUAAUUAACAGGAAAGUGUUGGACGUGUGCACUGCACACACUGAAAAUGUCGGCUUUUGUAUUAAUAUUUUUAUUCAUAAGCCUUGUUUAUUGCGAAAGUGAAGUGGUAAAUUCGCCGUUGAAAUGUUCAAAACAAAGUUUCACGGAUAUACAACAGAAGCAUGACGUCACCGAUUACUGUAAAACGAAUAAAUGUAUCGCAAAAUGUUGUCCUGCGGGGAAGAUUCUCGCCCCUAGCGGCUGCAUAGAUGGCAUACGCGACUUUUCUAAUGUCACAAUAUAUAAAAAUGAUAUUAAAAACAAAACAGAAGCGUCGGCGCAUACUAAUAUUACGAAUUUCAAGCUUGUUUACGACGACAAGUUUCUUGAUAAGAGAUGUUCGAAUAUAUUGAGCUUCUCUCCGAUAAAACAUUACAUCUUGGAGGACGGUUCACUACAAUUAUUAAGUGAUGGCAAUGGCAAAAAAAAAUGGCUCCAUCAUUAUAACAAAUUGGAAUAUUGCAUGGAAUUAUAUUACUCCGAGAAGAAAAAACUAGAUUUGGGGAUCGGAUUUCAUUACCUAGAUCCCAUUGAUGCUCAGGACGAGGAAACAACUAAUUUGUUGAGCUAUAUCACAAUUGGACAGACCCUAACAUCAUCAUUCUUUCUGAUCCUCACUUUGGUGAUUUACUACCUGAUACCAAGCAUGAGAAACAUAAACGGAAUGAUUCAAAUGGCCUAUUAUUAUGGCCUUAUAAUUAUGUUUAUAUUGCGAACUAUUAUGGACUUGAGGAGGAGCAAUAAUUUGUGUCGUUGUUGCAGUACGCUUUAUUACUUUAUUGGAAUAUCAAACUUCGUUUGGUUAGCCGUGAUGUCGUUUAAUCUGUGGUGGUCAUUUAGGGGAACAAUAAAGCAUCGCCCGAUACAUCGGAAGGGCGAGAAGCAGAAAUUCCGCAUAUACUCACUAUGCGUGUACGGGACCACAGGCGCAUUGACAGUAUUCGCCACACUUGUAGACGUUUUCAUAGAUGAAGAUAAACACCCUAACUUGUGGAAGCCCGCUUUUAAGACUUGUUUAAACACCGAUGCGAUUAUAUACUACUUCUAUAUACCUAUAGCAGUUAUGAUUUCUAUAAACUGCUUGCUGUUUAUAAUGACAUUUUAUAACAUUUGGAAAAUAAGAAAAGGAAUUGAGCAGUUUGACGCUUCAGAAUCAAGAAAGAAUCAGGCUUCUUUAAAUAGUUUCAAGAUAUACAAGAAGAUUUCAAUAAUGAUGGGUGUCAGUUGGAUUUUGGAAGUGGCACAAAUGCGGACGAAUCUUCCAUUUGCAGCGAAUAUAAUUGUGAAUUUAUACAACUCUCUCAUCGGAGUUAUAAUAUUCAUCAUGGUCAUUAGCGACAAAACUACCUACAAAAAGCUUUGUGCAAGGCUUAACAAGGAUGAAUGGGGACGAGGUUCUCAAAAACCGUCUACACAGUGUUCCGGAUACUCGGGAAGUAGUAAGAGACCAGAAAGACCAGAAACUUUCCAAACGAUUGCAUUGAACUCAAUGACCAAAUCGUCGGAAUUGAUCGAUAACAAUUCCAAUUGCCACUAAGUAUAUACUAUAUCAAAUUGUGUAUACUAGGUGUGGCUCGCGACUCCGGUCGCAUGUAAAACUCAGAAUAAUCGAACUGCAUACCUAAACUUGAUAAAGAGUAACCUAUUAGCGCCCAGUACUGGCGUAAUAAUCUGAAAAUCGUUUUGUGUGGUUUACUAACCGUAAACAGAAGGAUGGUCUCCUACCAUCAUAAACUGAAGAGUAAGCUCGCGAUACACGUCAUGUCAACAAAAAAUACUUCUUUAUGCAGGAAUAGUCUGUGUGUCUGAAGUUGCUUCUGCACAUAGUGGAAUUCGACAAGAUCACUCUCGACGUAAAAAGCCACACAGUCUAGCUGGAUAGAUAUCACAGGUCACAGAAUUAUCUAUUUCUGCAGCUAAGUAACGCAUUGUAAAAGCACUGUUGUUUUCCAAUUGAAAGAUAUUGCAGCCAAUAUAGACUGGGCAUGAAACUUAACAUCAAACAACUCGAGAUAACGAGCGCAGUUCUAUGCCACGCAGUAUUUUGUAAUUCUAUGAUAGAUCGUGCUAUUAUUUAUUGCCGAUCGUGACACUAACUAUCGAGCGGUUUGUCGUCUCUUCGUUUAGCUCUUAAAAAUUACCUUCGAAUUCCUCUAGGAAGAGAAUAGUUCUACUAUAGCGGGGGUUUUUCGUCAAUAAACUGUGGCACUCUAACCCCACCGGCACACCGAAUGUCAGCGCAGAAAUCCGGCAGUCUCCGUCACUCUGAGAUGUAUAUUAAGAGAUUUUACCGUGUUCAAAUAGGACUACCGCGAUGGCUUCAUUGUAUUGAAUGCGCGGUACCACUUCCCCUCUAAGCUCGAGAGCGUACGCGAGGGUACGAAUCCCAGUUCGGGCAGUGACACGGCAAUUUUCUUCUCAGUAUCAGCUUGGAGUCUGUAAUGUGUGCCUGAUAUGGCGAUAGGAUUGCCACCUAUCACAUCAUGAAAUGGAACACACACUGCGAAAAAUGGAUACUCAAAAUCCAUCUCUACCUAUAAAUAUCUCGGGAAUUACAGGGUGACCUGUGUAUACAUAUUUUUUUAAUAAGACAUUACCAAAAUGAUCUCUACCAGUAACGAAAGGUCCAUAUAACGCAAAUCCUGCCGGCUUUCCUUUCGUAAUAUAGAAUCUAAUUAUCAUUAGAAUAAUUUGCAGAGCACAGACCGCAUUUAUGCAUAUCAAUACCUAUAUUAUGUUGUGUUGGGUUCCCUUUCAGAAAAUUUCACCUUUCGCCACUUAUCUCUAUUCUCUACUAACAUAUCUUAAUGAUAAGUAUGUAUGUAUAAAACACUUUAUUAAGACCUAAAUAGAAAAUAUAAUUAUUGAUAUAAAUUUGUAUUUUAUAAAUAUAGAUAUAAUUUUCUUAGAGCUACCACCUGAAUAUAAAAGUUAUUCCGAAAUGCUAAUUAGGGAAUCACUUUUAAUAACUCACUACGAUUAAGAAUAACUAUGUAGAAUUCUUUUACUUACAAUGCAACUUUGUAUACCUAUAAUUAAUGUUUUUUAGAAAAUAUAUUAAUAAAAAAAAGAGAAAAUUAUAAUUUCUUUACUUACCUAAGAAACGGGUACCUAAGUAUAAUUUUAUGUUUUAAUUAAACAAGUGGCAGGUUUUCAAUCGCCAGAUAACGUCAACAGUUUGUAGCUUAAUUUUUUUUACAAGUUCAGUACAAUAUAGUAUACGCAAAAAUUAAA